AAAGUUCUAACCUAUAAAGUGAACUUAUUUAAAGGAGAAAGUUUUUUUUGAAGAAAAUAUUUCAAAUUAAAUCUCGUUUAUUCAAUGUAAUAGGAAGAUAAUCAGAGUUUGUUUUUUUUAAACUCAAUUGAAUAUAAAUGUAUAAAUAAAAAAAAAAUUAAAUAUAAUCUCAAUAAAAAAUCUGUUUAAUACUUUUAAAAUAUUUGAUUGUUAGAUUUUUGUUAAUAGAAAUUUAAUCUAAUUAUUGAAUUGGUCAUAAUAGAUAAAUGAUAUAUAUAGAAAGAUUAUUAUUUAAAGUAAAAUAAGUUAAAUUGUUUUGUUUUAGUAACAUCUAUUAAUGGUCAAUGUCUUGUCAAAUUUCCGUCAGCAGGAAAAUUGGAAUCAUCAAUAAAAGAUGAUUUUGAAGAUGAUGAAUUAUUUGUUUAUGCUGAAAAUCUUGAAAAUAUUCGACCAAAUAAUAUAUUAUUAAAAGAAAAUAAAAAAAAAGAAGAAAUAAAUAAUCCAUUAUAUAAAUAUCGUCGGGGAGUUUUAUCAGUAUCAGAUUUAUCAGCUCAAAUAUGGUGUGAACAACAAUUAACAUAUAAAUUUCUUUAUCCAUUUAUUCUUAAUGAUGAUGGAGAAAUAAAACGUGUUGAUGAUAAAAUACAUAUGUUACGUGGUACAUCAUUACAUUUAGAAAGAGAAUUAGAAAUUCAAAUUAAAGUUUCAAUUCAAUGUAAAACACGUGAAGAUUCUUAUGGUGUACGUUUAUUAAAUAUGAUACAAGCUAUUCAUGGUUUAUUAACAUCGAAUAAAACAAAUCAACCUUAUAUAACACGUGAAAUGCCUAUAUUUGGAAAUAUGUAUGGUGGUAAAUUAUAUUUUCGUGGUAUAAUUGAUGAAAUAAAUUAUGAUCCACGUAAAAAUCAAUUAGAAGUUGUAGAAUUUAAAACACGUGCAUCAAAAACAACACCAAAACCUCAACAAACAUAUACACAUGAAAUUCAAGUUAAUAUAUAUAGAACUUUAUUUGAUGAACUUAUACAAGGACAAGUUGAUAAAUCACUUUAUUUUAAACGUUUUAAUCUUCAAUCA